AUGAAAUAUAUCUUAAUUGUUGCUCUUUUGGUUUUAACAAUCACUGCAAGAUCAGUCCACAUGGGAAAAGAGGAUCCAUUAACUAGAUGCAUGGCUAGAAAAUGCAGACCAUAAGCAAGUGCUUGCGCAAAAACAAAAGGAUGCGCAGAAAAUAUAUAAAGUUGCGCUGAUGCUCUUCAAUCAAAUGAGGACUUGGACAAAUUUGACACAUGCUUAUAAACAGUACCAACAUCUUAUGCAUUGAUGGAAUGCAUCUUUGAAAAUUGCGCAGAUGUCUAAAGGGAAAGCACUGUAUUCGAACAAAUUUUAAAGAAAAUGAAUUGAUACCUUCAUAACAGUCAUAUAACCAAACAUAUAAAAUUUUAUUUUACGAUAAAUAA